GUUUUCUAUAAAAGGAGAGAAGCCGCCUAUCUUCCCCUGCAUCAGAGAGAGAGAGAGAGAGAGAGAGAGAGAGAGAUGGGUUCCAUAAGGAUAUCAGAAAAGCCACACGCCGUGUGCAUCCCAUACCCAGCACAAGGCCACAUUAACCCGAUGCUAAAUGUGGCAAAACUCCUCCACCACAAAGGCUUCCACAUAACCUUUGUAAACACAGAGUACAACCACAGACGUUUGCUCAAGUCCAGAGGCCCCCACUCCCUCGAUGGCUUGCCGGACUUCCGCUACGAAACCAUCCCAGACGGCCUCACGCCCACUGACACGGACGUCACCCAAGACAUCCCUGCUCUCUGCCAAUCCACCGCCAAAACCUGCUUACCCCACUUCCGUGACUUGCUCUACAAACUGAACGAUCCCGCUUUGUCCAAUACCGGCCCGCCGGUGACAUGUAUCGUUUCGGAUGGGUGUAUGAGCUUUACUGUGAAAGCUGCAGAGGAAUUUGGGGUCCCUGAAGUGCUUUUCUGGACGACCAGUGCUUGUGGAUUCUUGGGUUACACAAAGUAUAAAGAUCUUGUGGAAAAAGGCAUUAUUCCAUUAAAAGAUGCCAGCUACCUUACAAAUGGAUUUUUGGAAACAACAAUCGAUUGGAUUCCGGGGAUGGAAAACGUACGAUUCAAAGAUCUCCCAAGUUUCGUCAGAACCACAGAUCCAAACGACCAAAUGGUAAACUUCGUGAUAGCAGAGACUGAGAGAGCGUUCAAAGCCUCUGCUAUCAUCAUCAAUACAUUCGAGGCUUUCGAAGAACUUGUCCUCAAUUCCCUCUCCUCUUUCCUCCCUCCUAUCUACACUCUCGGUCCACUUCAUCUAAUGGUGAACCAAAUCUUCGACGAGAGAUUGAAAUCUAUGCACUCAAACUUAUGGAAAGAAGAAUCCGAAUGCAUCGAUUGGCUCGAUUCCAAAAAACCCAAUUCAGUUUUGUACGUGAACUUCGGUAGCAUUACUGUUAUGACGCCCAAACAACUUGAGGAAUUUGCUUGGGGAUUAGCCAACAGCAGGUAUGACUUUCUUUGGAUUGUAAGGCCGGAUUUGGUCGUUGGAGAGUCGGCCAUGCUGCCGCCGGAGUUUGUAACAGAGACAGAAGGAAGGGGGAUGCUGGCGAGCUGGUGCUCCCAGGAGCAAAUUCUGAAACACGCAGCCAUCGCGGGGUUUCUGACUCACAGCGGGUGGAACUCAACGGUGGAGAGCAUGUGUGGCGGUGUUCCGAUGAUUUGUUGGCCGUUUUUCGCCGAGCAACAAACGAAUUGUUGGUUUAGUUGUGGUGAGUGGGGGAUUGGGAUGGAGAUCGAUAGCGAUGUGAGGAGAGAGGAAGUGGAGAGGCAAGUGAGAGAGUUGAUGGAAGGAGAGAAGGGGAAGGAGAUGAAAAGGAAGGUUGUGGAGUGGAAGGAUAAAGCAGAGGAAGCGGCUGGGCCUGGUGGGUCAUCGUACGUCAACUUGGACAAGUUGGUCACUGAGGUGCUCCUAUCAAAGUAAGUGUGGUGGUUAUGAGCUAGGUUGGCUUAUUCACGGAGCCAUGAGAUCUCAGUCGUCUAUUUCGACUUUAAACAGCUGUUCACAAAGCUUCUGUUAUUUUCUCGGUGGUUACAUAUUGGUGCAUGUAAAAACGAAGACAGGGAUUCACAGAGCCACGAGAUCUCAGCCGUCUAUUUCGACUUUAAAUAGCUGUUCACGAAGCCUUUGUUAUUUUCUCGGUGGUUACAUAUUGGUGCAUGUAAAAACGAAGAUAGUUGCAUCACGGACCUUGCACUACUAUAGUAAUACUAGUGUAAUGCUCAUGCUUUGCACGUUUCUGCGUGCUCAUUAAUUUAAUUGAUAGUGUGGAAGUUAAUAUACAUAUGUUAUUUUUAUUCAUA